AUGAGCAAAGAUAGUCAACCAAAGCUCCGGUCAUUCAAUAUUUUUCCGGACAGGAAAUCAAAUUUUUCCUUUGACAAUCCGGCUGUGAAUGGAGAUCCUGAUAUGGCUGGAAAUGAGUUAAGUUUACGGGGAUUGAAUGGAUUUGUAGAUAAUCAUGUCACACAUGGAUCGACAUACAGGCGAAAAUAUUUUGCUGCACUCAAAACACUGAAACCUUUCCGUCCAUCUUCAAAAGAUGGAAAAAUUCCAGUAAACAAAGUUGGUUUAUUCUCCUAUAUCACGUUAUCAUGGAUGUCCUCCAUGAUAAUGAAGCUUUACAAACACAGAGACCAGGCUCUGAAGGAAGAGGAUGUAUGGGAGAUAUCAGACUGGGAGUCAUGUGACAUCAAUACACUCAGGUUAGAAAAAAUAUGGGAAGAUGAAGUAGCUACAUACGGGGCAAAAGGAUCCUCGUUCUUAAGAGCUUGGUUCAAGUUCAUCCAGACACGCCUCUAUAUAACGAUAUUACUUGUCUGCAUCACUGCUGUGCUUGCAUUUUUUAUGAGCGGUUUCAUUACUAACCUCGUCGUCAGCUACCUAGAGUCUGAAACUGCGGACUUCGGCUACGCUAUGACGCUAGUUGCGGUAAUUUUUGUCGGUCCAGUUAUCAGAGCCGUAUCAUUUGCUGGUAUGAUUUUCUUUGGGGUCCAGACAGGUACAAGAUUCCGAGCUGGUAUGUUAGGUGUUGUCUACAAGAAGAUUCUGAGACUUAAAAGCGUUAAAGGCAAUGUAGCAUCCGAGAUUGUUACAAUAUUCGGUGCCGACUCGAUGAGGGUACUUAUCAACUGUUAUGCACUGGUAUAUUUGCUGGCUAUCCCAGUCUACGUCACUAUUGGAACGGCAUAUGCCUACUAUCUGAUUGGUUACUGGUGUUUCAUUGCUUUCGCAACGUUUCUCUUCUGCUAUCAACUACAGGCACGUCUCGCAGCAUUUGCCGCAGGGCUCAGACGGAAAACGUUAAUUCACACCGACAAAAGAAUUAGAAAAAUGACAGAGGUUCUCAACAGCAUAAAGAUGAUCAAGAUGUACGGAUGGGAAGACUCGUUCAAGUCAGCAAUCACGGCUAUCCGGAAGAGUGAGGUGCGGGUUUUGCUUACCACGGCCAUCAUUAAAUCCAUCACCAAUGUCAUUAUACCAGUCACGCCCUCUUUCGCGGCGAUCGCUACCAUCGGUACCUAUCGUGCUUUUGGAAACGAACUCACAGCAUCUACGGCAUUUGGUCUGGUUUCUACAUUGGAUUUCUUACGGUUUAUUGUGUCUUAUGUGCCUUUUUCUAUCAUUGCAUUCGGCGAGUCGAGAGUCACUUUUGAACGUGUAAAGAAGUUGCUGUUAAGAGAGGAGUUCCAGGUUCCUAGCGCGGACGUAUUAGACGAUUCGAACAAUAUUGAGAUACAAGAUGCUGUUUUUCAAUGGAACUUAAUGACCGAUUCACCGGAUGACAAGUCGAAGAAAAAACAUGAACGAAAAAACAAAAACAAGAAAAAUGAAAAUAAAGAUUCUCAAGAGCGGUCUAUAACAUUCCGUCUGCAACUGGACAGUAUCAAGUUUAAUGUGAAAAAGGGACAACUUGUCGGUGUAUGUGGAUCUGUCGGUGGCGGUAAAUCCUCCCUGAUAUCGGCUAUUCUUGGAAGAAUGCAACAGAUGGCCGGACAUCUUGCAGUACGUGGAAAUGUUGCCUAUGCUGCUCAGCAGGCAUGGAUCUUCAGCGGUACACUGCAAGAAAACAUACUGUUUGGCAAGCGCUACGAUCCUGACUGGUACAAACAAGUGGUAUAUGCCUGUGGUCUUGAGCCUGACUUGGAUAUGUUAGCUAACAGGGAUGAAACAGAGAUUGGUGAAAGAGGAAUUAAUAUUAGCGGUGGGCAGAAGCAAAGAGUGAGUCUUGCACGUGCAGUCUACAGCAAAAGCGACAUAUAUCUUCUUGAUGACCCGCUUUCGGCAGUGGACGUACACGUUGGCCGGCAUUUGUUCCAUAGAUGUAUCAAGAGACUGUUACAAGGAAAGACUGUUAUACUGGUCACUCAUCAGUUACAGUACCUGAAGGAUUGUGAUGAAAUACUGGUCAUGGAAGAAGGUCGAAUCGCUGAGAAUGGAUCACAUGAGUCUUUGCUGGAGCAUGGUGGUUACUAUAGUAAAAUGAUAGGACAGUAUCAUGCUACGAGCACGUUCACAACAACCACAGAGAAAGACGAAUCGCCGCCAUGCAGAAGUGAGGAUGAUCAGUGUUCUUCUGACCAGCGAGGAGAAGGUGAUGAACAACAGAAGAAAGAAGAAAGUGAUGCUUCCUUUUCUAAAGAAAGCAAAGGAAAACUGACUCAGAAAGAAGACGCCGGAUCCGGUAUGGUAACGUUUGGGACAUACAAGUCGUAUAUCAAUGCUGCCGGUGGGUUCAUUGUAGCGGCGGUUAUCCUUCCUCUGUAUAUUCUCCCCUUGGGAACAGUAGUAUUCGCGGACUGGUGGCUUGGUUUAUGGAUAAAGGAAACGACAAAAUCUCCAGAAGCCACACCAAAAGCAAUUAUUCCUGCCAAUGGCUCGAUAGCUAUGAAUAUAACAUCCAACCGUCUAUACCAAAACAUUACAGAAUCCACGGAUGUCCAGACUGGCGACGUUGAUUUUUACCUUAGCAUCUACUUGGCAUCAAUAGGGGCGAUUAUACUCUUGUCGACUUUAAAGGCUGUAAUAGCCUCGACGGUGAUGGUAAAAGCUUCCGGCAGACUGCACAACCGAGCAUUAGACAAUGUCAUGAAAGCACCAAUGGCGUUCUUCGACGCAAACCCAACAGGGCGUAUUCUCAAUAGGUUCUCACGAGAUAUGGAUGAAGGUGAUGUAUUUUUGCCGCGUUCUUUGGACUUUCUACUUCAUCUCAUGUCCAUGGUUUUUAUAUCACUGAUAACUGCUGCUGUAAACCUGCCGUGGAUUGUGAUUGCUUUCGUUCCUAUUGUUCUAAUUAAUUUCGGAAUUAAAACGAUUUCUGUUGAAUCAAUAAGACAAUUCAAACGAUUUGAAAACGUCUCUCGGUCACCCCUCAUUACCCAUGUAACCACGUCAGGAGCUGGCUUGUCCACCAUUGUCGCCUAUAAUCAACAGACGCAGUUCAUCAUCAAUUGUAUGAAGUAUACGGAUGUGACGUCAACGGCAAUGAUGUUAUUAGAAGCGAGCAUGCGCUGGAUUGAGUUAAUGCUCAAUAUCGUUUCGUCUUUCAUGAUUGUGGCAACCACUCUAACCAUGGUUCUUACUAAGGGAACAAUCGCACCGGCUUUAGCUGCCGUGUCCCUAUCAUUGACAAUCAGGGGUGUAUCUGUGAUGCAGUUCUUGAUAAGAAGUAUGAACGACGUUGAAACAAGAUUUACUUCCAUCGAAAGGAUCCACGAGUACGAGUCUAAACUAGACACAGAAGAGGACACUACCUCUGUGGUUCCGGACGAGAGUUGGCCCCGGGAGGGAGGUAUUGUCUUCACUGACGUAUCGAUGCGCUACCGGAAGGACAUGGAACCUGUAUUACGGAACAUACACUUUAAUAUCAAACCGAAUCAGAAAGUCGGCAUAGUAGGCAGGACAGGAGCCGGUAAGUCUUCUAUGGCCGCGGCGCUGUUCCGAUUAUGUGAUCUUUCAGAGGGGCAUGUCUACAUAGACGGAGUGGAUAUAGCCCAAAUUCCGCGUAAAACUCUCCGAUCCCGUCUGUCCACCAUACCUCAGGAUCCUGUCCUCUUUAGCGGCACCCUCAGGUAUAAUUUGGAUCCAUUUAAUCUGUACUCAGACGAGUUACUUUGGGCAGCCUUGGAACAGGUCCACAUGAAAGAAAAGGUACGACAGUUUCGUGAGCAGCUCGACUUUGAAGUUGAAGAAAACGGAGGGAAUUUCUCUGUAGGCGAAAGACAGCUGAUUUGUUUGGGUAGAGCGAUACUUCGAAAGAAUAAGAUUCUGGUCUUGGACGAGGCCACAGCGUCCAUAGACACCUCCACAGACGCUAAGAUUCAGCAAACGAUCCGCGACAGUUUCUCUGACUGUACCGUCCUGACGAUCGCGCACAGACUCAACACCGUACUACACUGUGAUCUCAUUCUAAUCAUGGAAGCUGGAGAGAUUUUAGAAACUGGACACCCACACAAUUUAAUGGCUAACCCUCACUCAGUUUUCAACAAGAUGAUCCGAGCUCAAACUGUGAAAACGACAUUACAGUGA